CGACCAGCUGGGCCGACGUCAGCAACCAACAGAGCCAUGGACGGAAACCGUGACGUUUCCAUUCUGAGGCGCCACUUAGCUAAUUCCCGUUUGCUGUUCCACCCACAACCUGCACUAGUAAGCUCGGUUAGCCAGCACUUCAGUCGAAUCGAAACGCCAGAGCCAGAUUAGCGAUACCACGUCAGACUUGUCUGGCGGCCUGACGUGGAAUUGAGAGGCUGGCAUAGGGAUUGGCGCACACGGUAGCGGACCGCGGCAUGCAUGUCUGCUUCCCCCAAACUUCACCAGCUGCAGAGUGAAAUUCUCAAGAACAACUUCCUGGUCGCCUUCUCCAUGGUGCUCGGGAGACUUUCGAUUCCAGCCAGGAAUUUGAAGACGUUGGUUUGUCUUUAGGUAUGCCCUGACUCCUUGCCGUUACCCCAAGAUUAGCUCUUAGUUUUUGUACUUCCUACACUAAGCCGGAGAUUAGGUGCCUGAGGCUAGGGGUGCGAUGGUACUUUGCGGAUUCCCUACGUAUGUGAGCAAGACGUUGUGCAAGACCUAUCGCCGAAUACAAUCCGAAGUGGCUGCUGAAUGGCCACUGUUUAAGGAGAAGUGGACGAUAAUUGUCUCUGGUAUACUUUUUCAGUUUAUCCACGGGUUUUUAACUCGAACAGCUCAUUUCCUCCACGCUCCUCGCCCUCUGUUACACGAUGUUGGCUUCGAACUCGUCCCCGAGAUUGGUCCUGAAAAUUUCUUCAUCAGUGAAUACCUCUUCUUCGCUAUCUUCAUUCCUUGCUGCAUUUGGACAUUCCAUCCCUUCGUGUGCACUAAGAAGCAAUUUUACACCGUGCUACUGUGGUGCAAGGUUCUUACGGUUUUUGUGAUCUGCCAGACUCUUCGAGUGUUGUCCUUCACGGCAACGCAACUACCUGGUCCUGCACCUCAUUGUAGACAGGGAUCUCCCACCGCCAUCCUCAAGUACACUGGACUUCAUGAUGUACUGCACCUCAAUGCUAUGCAUGGGUGUGGUGACCUCAUCUUUUCCUCCCACAUGACAUUCAUCCUCACUGUUGUCAUCACCUACUCCCGAUAUGGAACCAAUCUCUUCUUCAAGCAUCUGUCAUGGUUACUGUCUGGAGUUAUGUCAGUCUUAAUAGUUGCUUCACGCAAGCAUUAUACGGUGGAUGUUGUCAUCGCAUGGUAUGUUGUACCCCUAGUCUAUUUCUUUGUCGAGCACAAGCUGGAGGACUGUGUUGGCCCACGAGACCUGCUUGAGCGUAGCCUUUGCGACAAGGUCCUACCACUCCAUGCCUCACCCUUCCACUUGUCAUCUCAAGUGCAAACUCCUUUCGAAGCUCGGAUCUCCAAGCACCAUGCUUAUAAUCCUGUUGACCAAGACUUUCUCGCACGAUGGACUCAUGGCCUGAAGAAAGUUCGGGAAGUGAUUCGUUUUCAAGCGGACAACUUGCCUGAUGAGGGACAUGAGCCAUUGAAAACCAAGCCAGUACUGGGGUUGGAGCUUUUAUGAGUGCAGCGGCGCUGAGCUGCUGAUUUUACUAACCUAGCAGCCGCUCACACUAACAGGGAGGCGAUAAUGUCUGUGGCAACGAGGUUUUUGUAACAAGUCAUGUAUGAUAGUAUGUGUUAAUGCAUGUGAUGGCCUUGUAAACCUCUAUUUAUGACAUACGAGUGUUAGUCU